AUUAAUACAUGUAACACCAUUGAAAUAAAAAUAAUAUUAUAUAUUACUCUACUUUUUUGAAUCACCGUACCUAACUUAUUAUCCAAUCAUCUCUUGCCUUGUCUCUCUAUUUGAUAUAAAGACUCUCUUGCCACCAUUAUACACCCAUGUUCCACAUACCCCAAAAGAUGGCUAAAAAGUGAAGAGAAGAGGAACAAACACAACAGAAGAAGAAGAACAACAACAAAAUGCACACACACCUUCUCUUCUUCUUCUUCUUCUUCUUCUUCCACUGUUACAUUGGUCUCUCUCUUGUUUUUGCUGAGGGAGCUCUAACUCUACCACCAAAUGAUAGUAAUGAUGUAUCAUCUCUUCUCUCCAUAAAGUCCACUCUCAUUGAUCCUGCCGAUCACCUGUCAGACUGGAAAGUCCCCAUCAAUAGCUCCGAUACCGGUCCAUUUCACUGCAAUUGGACUGGUGUUUCGUGCAACUCCAAUGGCUAUGUCGAAAAGCUUGAUCUUUCCAACAUGAAUCUCAGUGGCAGAGUAUCGGAUCGAAUACAAGGCCUUCACAGUCUUGCUUAUCUCAACAUUUGCUGCAAUGGGUUGUCCUCAGAAUUGCCAAACUCACUCUCCAACAUCACUUCAUUGAAGAGCAUUGAUGUCAGUCAGAACAAUUUCAUUGGAGGAUUUCCAGGGGGCCUUGGCAGGGCUUCAGGAUUGAAGUCCGUGAAUGCGUCGAGCAAUAAUUUCUCGGGUUUUCUCCCUGAGGAUCUUGGCAAUGUUACAUCACUCGAGAGUAUUGAUUUUCGUGGGAGUUUCUUCGAAGGUUCAGUUCCUAUUUCUUUCAAGAAUCUGCAGAAUCUCAAGUUUCUUGGACUUUCCGGGAAUAAUCUGACUGGGAAAAUCCCACCAGAGCUCGGGUUGCUUUCGGCUUUAGAGACAAUCAUUCUCGGAUACAACGAGUUUGAAGGUCCUAUCCCACCAGAAUUUGGUAAUCUUGAUAAUCUUCAAUACUUGGAUUUAGCAGUUGGGAGUCUCAGUGGUCCAAUUCCUUCUGAAUUGGGAAGGCUCAAGAAAUUAACCACAGUUUACUUGUAUCAGAACAGAUUUGAAGGAAAGAUUCCGAAAGAAAUUGGAAACAUGACCGCUCUUGUGUUCUUGGAUCUCUCUGAUAAUCAGAUUUCGGGUGAGAUUCCAAAUGAGAUUGCGGAUUUGAAGAACCUGGAGCUAUUGAAUUUGAUGUGCAAUCAACUAACUGGUCCAAUUCCAAGCAAGAUUGGUGAGUUAACUAAGUUAUCAGUACUUGAGCUAUGGCAAAACUCUUUGACAGGUCCUUUACCUGCAAAUCUUGGCCAGAACUCCCCAUUGCAGUGGCUAGAUGUGUCUUCUAAUUCACUUUCAGGUGAUAUUCCAGCCGGGUUGUGUGAUUCCGGUAAUCUUACUAAACUCAUUCUUUUCAACAAUUCAUUUUCGGGUCCAAUCCCAUUAGGCUUUUCGACUUGUUCUUCACUUGUCCGGGUUAGAGUUCAAAAUAAUUUGAUUUCCGGGACAAUUCCAACCGGUUUUGGAAAUCUUCCCAAACUCCAGAGGUUGGAAUUGGCGAAUAACAAUCUCACCGGUACAAUUUCAGAUGAUUUCGCUUUAUCUUUGUCGCUUUCUUUUAUAGAUGUCUCGUGGAACCGCCUCGAAUCAUCUCUUCCUUCAAACAUUCUUUUCAUUCCUAGUCUUCAAAACUUUAUUGCUUCGAAUAAUAACUUAAGAGGCAAUAUUCCUGACCAAUUCCAGGACUGUCCAUCGCUUUCUGUCCUUGAUCUUUCGAGCAACCAUUUCUCUGGCAAAAUCCCACAAAGUAUCGCUUCAUGCGAAAGGCUUGUGAAUUUGAACCUUGGAAACAACCAAUUCACUGGGGAAAUCCCAAGACCGAUAGCGGCACUACCUAUGUUGGCAAUUCUUGAUCUAUCAAACAAUUCACUCACCGGAACCAUACCUGAGAAUUUUGGAAGCUCGCCUGCCCUGGAAAUGCUAAACUUGUCUUACAAUAAGCUCGAGGGACCGGUUCCCAACAAUGGGAUUUUGACGACCAUAAACCCGAAUGAUCUCAUAGGCAACGUGGGACUUUGUGGUGGCAAUGGCAUCCUUCCACCUUGUUCCCAAAGUUUUUCCACCACCGCAUCACGGCAAAGGAAAAGGAAAAUUCACAUCAUCAAUCACGUUAUCGUUGGAUUUGCUGUCGGAAUUUCAGUGAUUUUAUCUCUCGGGUUGACUGUGUUUGUAGGUGGGAAAAAGAUGUACAAAAGAUGGUACUUGUACAACACUUUCUUCACAGAUUGGUACAAGUGGAGCUCUGCAGAGUGGCCCUGGAGGCUAAUAGCAUUCCAGAGGCUCAGUUUCACGAGCACUGACAUAUUAGCAUGCGUGAAGGAGUCAAAUGUGAUCGGUAUGGGGUCAACGGGGAUUGUUUACAAGGCAGAAAUCCAACGCCCACAUUCAAUUGUGGCGGUUAAGAAGCUAUGGAGAUCGGAUGUAGAUGUUGAAAGUGGAGAUGACUUGUUCAGAGAAGUAAAUUUACUUGGGAGGCUUAGGCAUAGGAACAUAGUGAGACUAUUGGGGUACCUGCACAACGAGAAUGAUGUGAUGAUGGUAUACGAGUACAUGCCAAAUGGCAACCUUGGAGAGGCCUUGCACGGUGAAAAUGCUACGAAAAUGUUGGUGGAUUGGGUUUCAAGGUAUAACAUAGCUGUGGGCGUUGCGAAUGGAUUGGCUUACCUUCACCAUGAUUGCAAUCCACCGGUGAUUCACCGCGAUGUCAAGUCCAACAAUAUUCUUCUUGAUGCAGAUUUUGAGGCUAAGAUUGCAGAUUUUGGAUUAGCAAGGACAAUGAUUCAGAAGAAUGAAACAGUUUCAAUGGUGGCUGGUUCUUAUGGAUAUAUAGCACCUGAAUAUGGUUACACAUUGAAGGUGGACGAAAAAAGCGACAUAUAUAGCUUUGGCGUGGUGCUUCUAGAGCUUGUAACCGGGAAAAAGCCAUUAGACCCUGAAUUUGGGGAGUUUACAGAUAUUGUAGAAUGGGUUCGGAGUAAGAUUCGUAACAAAAUGGCAUCAGAAGAACCAUUGGACAGCAACAUUGCAGGCCAAUGCAAACAUGUUCAAGAAGAGAUGCUUCUUGUCCUACGAAUCGCACUUAUCUGUACUGCCAAGAAUCCAAAAGACAGGCCAACGAUGAGAGAUGUCAUAACAAUGCUUGGAGAAGCAAAACCACGAAGAAAAAGCAUUUGUCAUAACAGCGAAAAGCCAGUCUUCGGCAACUCUCCUGUUAUCGGCCUCUUGUGAGACACAGUAAGUUGGUUUCGUUACAGUCCAAUUCAAAACCAAUACAAAAACAUUCAAAACGAAGCUUUUUAAGAAAUCCAAAUUUGAAUCUGAUCACAUCUGAAAUGCGUGCACCGCCACAAGCUCCACUUGCCCCAGUCGACAAGCCAAACCAACAAAUGUGAUGUUUCCUGUAAUUUGUCUAUCAUAAAGCUUUUUUUUUUUUUUUUUGUGGGUUUAUUUUCUUUUCCUUGAUUAAAUCUGGUUCAAGGCUCAGUUUCUCGUAUUGAGAAGAAUGCUCAGAAGGAUUGAAUGAUUAUUAUUUUUUCCUCAAAUGAAUAAACUGUCAAUUACUUUCCCUGUAUUGUAACUCCAUUCUACCAACUAUUUGUGUUGCAAAGAAAACAAUUAUGUAUAUAUUGUUGGGAAAAAAAAUUGUUAUGAAAUAAGAAGAAUUGAAGUAUCUGAAAUGAUCAGAUCCUAUGUAUGAUUCAAAUUUCGCACGCCAUUGUAAGCAAAGAAUGCAACCCUUGCGUAAACACCUUUGAUUUUAUAAGACAAUUUUAUUUUAUCAUGUACUUACAUAUACAUCCAUAGUUUGUUUCCUUUAUUUUCUAUGUCAGACAAACGAAACACCCUUUUCAUGUGCUUUCAACAACAAAAAAUCAAUUGAAAACUUCAAAUGUUGCGUUUGAUAUAGAGCUUUUUAACUAUGAUUUGAGAGUAUGAGUUACAUUUUGAAUUUGUAAAUUUUGGAAUUAUGAUUUGAGUAUAGA